AUGAAGAACCUCCUGAUAGCCAACAGAGGUGAGGUUGUCGUGCGCAUCUUGCAAGCUGCCCGCGAGCUUUCACCCCCCAUCCACAUCGUCGCCCUGUCCACUCCCAACGACACAUCCCACUGUCUCCUCGGCCACCCAGACGAGACCAUCUCCCUCCCCUCUGCAGCCUCCUACCUCGACAUAUCCCUGCUCGCGCAAAUCUGCCAGGAACAUGCCAUCGACACCGUCCACCCAGGCUACGGCUUCCUCAGCGAAUCCGCCGAGUUCGCCCGCCGCAUGCACGAAAUCGGGGUGACCGUCAUCGGGCCGGGGGCCGCGAUCCUCGAGCGAACGGGCGAUAAACUCCAAGCCAAAGCGCUUGCUGCGUCGUGCGGAGUACCCGUUCUCCCGUCCCAUUCCGCCCAGUCUCUCGAUGAGAUCCGUGCGUUCGUCGAGAAAAUCGGAUACCCCGUCAUGAUCAAAGCAGUCGACGGGGGCGGCGGACGGGGGAUCCGGCUGAUCCACCAGCACCAAGCAUCUGAUCUGGCGAACCUGGUGGCAAGGGCCCGGAGCGAGUCCCCCUCGCAGACCAUAUUCGUCGAAAAGGCCGCCGUGGACGGCUUCCACCACGUCGAGGUGCAAGUCCUCGGCGACGGGACAGGGACCGUCCACCACCUGCACGAGCGAGACUGCAGUCUCCAGCGGCGGUUCCAGAAGAUCGUCGAGUGCGCCCCGUCGCUUCUGGAUCGGUCCAUUAUAGAUAAAGUCAUCGACGCGGCGCUGCGCAUCGCGGGUAGCAUCCGGUACCGAUCGCUCGGGACGUUCGAGUUCCUCGUCAGCGAGACCACGCCCGAGUUCUACUUCCUCGAGAUCAAUCCCCGGCUGCAGGUGGAGCAUACCAUCACCGAGGCCGUGACGGGGGUGGAUCUCGUGCAGGUGCAGCUGCGGUUGGCGCGGGGCGAAUCUCUCCAGGAGAUUCUGACGGUGCCGGUGCCGGUGCCGAGACCCUCAGCACGAUCCAUCCAGCUCCGUCUCUGCGCCGAAGACCCCAGCGCCAACUUCGCGCUGAGCAUCGGCAAAGUCGCCGACUUCUUCGUGCCCCCCGGCCACGGCGUCCGCGUCGACACGCACCUCGCCCCGGCAGUAACCGUCGGCUCGGACUUUGACAACCUCCUCGCGAAAAUCAUCGUCACGGCCUCGAGCUGGGCGUCCGCCGUGCGGAAGGCGCGGCGCGUGCUCACCGAGACCCGCGUCGAAGGCGUCAGGACGAACCUCCCCCUCCUCCGGGGGAUCGUCUCAACCGAGGACUUCCUAGCGGGGAGGAUCGACACGCAGUGGCUGGAGAGGAAUCUCCCCUCCGUGCUGGGAGCAGGCGAGCGCAUCUCUGCGUCCCUUGUCUCGUCUCACCCACCAGCCAGACCGGCGUUCCAGGUACCGACAUCCUCGCUCCUCUUCCGCCGCGGCGACGCAUGGAGCAUCACCCUCUCCCCGCUCCCCCCAACCCCCAAAGCCGAGGGCGAGUGCGGAAUCCGGCACCACCUCCGGCUAUCCCGCGUGCUCCGCAAUGCCUUCCCCUCCUCCCUAACGGCUGAGAUAGAGUACACCACGCCCGAGGCCUCCGUCCCGUACAAACUGCAUCUCGCGGCAACCGGGGCCGGCGCAGCGGCAGGCGCCCUGGUCUCGGGCCAUCGACGCGGCGACCCGUCUAACCCGCGGCAUAUCGUGCUGCCGCUAUCCGGGAAGUUGAUCGAGGUGCUGGUUCGGCCUGGCGAGGCCAUCGCCAAGGACCAGGUUGUUGCGUUUGUCAAGCAGAUGAAGAUGGAGCUGGAGGUGCGGAGUCCGCGUGCGGGCUGCGCCAAGUGGGUGUAUGAGGUGCAGGAUGGGGAGGAGGAUGUAGCCGAGGGGAUGUUACUUGUUGAACUUGAUUCUCUCCUAGUACCUGGUCCUGCGGCUGUUGCUGAGAGAGGGAAACUUUGA